UCGUUUAAAUUAGAGUAAACUUGUCUCCGUUGUCUGUAUUAUAAUAUUAGUAAUGUCACGAGUCAAAGGAGAUAUAGCUAUUAAGAAAAAUUCUUAUAAAAAAACGAAUGGUACAAGUCAGGCACUCGUAAAAUUAAUGAUUUUUGAUUUAUGGUUUCUUUAUAAGGUUAGACACAUUUGUCGACUUAGUUAUCAAGUAUCACGUCCAAUAUUACGAAUUAUUUAUUUUAUGGCAAUUGGAGCAGGUAUAUCAUUAAUAUAUUUAUUACUUAAUGGCAAUAUUAAUUCGGCUACUUGCAAAGAAUACAAUAAAAACAAAGAUUCGAGGAAAUCAAAUGUUGGAAUUCUUGCCAUUUCUGAUCGUUCAAAAGCCGAUACGGUAUUAUUGAAAGAAGAAAUAUCAAAGUUAAAAAUGAAGACUUUUAAUCUCGACAUGAUGAUGCAAAAAAUGAAUGCAGAAUUAAGCAGCAUUCAGUUACCCUUGAGAAAAAUACAUUUAGAAAUGGCUGAUUUUGUAUCAGAAUCAGUCGGUGGUUCAGUGAUAUCAACGCCAGAUACAGAAUCAUAUUUUGAAUCGAAGAGUACUCAGUAUUAUUUCUUUGGCAUUCCAAUUUGGCGGCCAAAUUAUUUCACGCCUCGGAAAGUAAUACAGCCUUGGAGUCAAGCAGGAGAAUGUUGGGCCUUUCGUGGUUCUCAUGGAAAAAUUGUAUUAGAGUUGGCUAUUUUCGCUACAAUUAGUCACGUGACUAUGGAACAUAUACCAGUUAGUAUGUCCUUAACGGGGAAAAUCGAUUCGGCGCCAAGAAAAUUUAUUGUCUUCGGUUAUUUCAGAAAUCAAUACAUACCAAUUGAUACAUUCGAGUACAAUAUUCAAGGAUCACCAACGCAAACAUUUCCUAUUAGCAAACGUGAAUUAUCAAAUGUUCCUUUUAAAAAUAUCAUGUUAGAAAUAUUAUCAAAUUGGGGUAAUGAAAAAUACACGUGUAUAUAUCGAUUUAGGAUACACGGCAAGUCUUUUGAAUAAAAUUACAAAAAAAUUAAAACUUAG